UUGCAUAGCAACACAGUUCUGGAGAAGAUGUUGCAAAGCUCUAUGAAUUUCAAAUUUAUGCGAAAGAAAAACAUCUAGGCUAGUUGGUGCAGCUACAUAAAGAAGGAAGAAGACAUUUCACUUACUUAACUGAGGAAUUGGCAAGAAGAUAUCCUGAUGACAAAAUCUGGUCGAAAGAAAUGUCUAAGUUUUUCACCCUUCAGGAGGAGACGACAGGCAGCAAAAGACAGGAGGUUCUGCAUCAUAUGGAUCAACAGCAUGGUGAAAAAACAGGUAGAGAAGCACAUGGCAGAGGUGCAUUCAGAACUUCAUCUCAUGCAUCAUGCCCUGAGAGAGGAGAUGGUGGCUGAGGUACGGGAGCAGCUGAGAGAGCUGGUGAGCUGGCUGAACCGAGAGCAGAGGGUCACAUCAACGUGGCAAAGGAUAAAGGAGAAAGACUACAAGGAGAAAACUGAGGAUGAAAAAGAUGAAGCAAAUUCACUUAAUCUAGAGACAAUGAGCCUUAACUUCUCUAAAACAUCCUCUGAUAUUGACGUCUUCAUAUUGAGGGAACCACCAAAAUAUGAGCAGAGGCCAAGGGAAAGCUUGAUGAUUCUGUUGGACGUCUCCAGUAAUGGUGAUACCAGCAAUGCCUCUAAUGAUGCAGACACCAGCUCACAACCAGAUGAACGGGAACCAGUGCAAAGCCAACAGAUUUCAUUGAGUGUUGCCACUGUCCCUGACACCAGCCAGUUGAUAAAGGAAUCAGACGAGAAAGAAAGCUCAAGGAAUCCCUUUGAUGCAAACCCCAGCUUCAUGCCCCAGGAACAAAGAUGUGAGGAGACACAGGUCAUUGUAAAUAGAACAAAAGAGGAGGAGACGUUGCUAACGGAAAGACAUUGGCAGGAAUGGAUGGAAAAGCAGGAAAUGAGAGGAAACCAUAACAUAAAGCCAGUUAACCAACAGAAUACAAAAAAACAGGGAGGGGCCGGAGCAGCACCUCCCUUAUCACAGAAAGAUGUGAUGCUGCAAAACGUAAAAGAAGUCGACACCGUGAAAAAAAUUAAGACAUAUUUCUCUGAUCUAUUCAAUCCUCAUACACCUUAUAAAUGGAAGAGAUUCGAAGAUGAGGAUUGACUGACUCCACUCAACAGAAAAAAAUAAUAAUUUUCUGUAUCUUUUGCCAUGCUUUAUAAGUUUUAUUCAGUAAA